AAGUAUGAUAGUAUCAUCAGUUACUGUACGGGUCAAAUAGUUGAGGAAAAUGGUAACUUCGACCGAAAAAGAUACAUUUGUAUAUCUAUCCAGUGGCUAUUCGUUUCCGAUCUUGCCACCGAGUCCAGUAACUAAAAACAAUCCAUCCGACGACCUCACUUGUGUCAGUCAACCCAUCAAUAUGAUUGCCUCUUGGCCAGUGAAAAAACAGAUGUUCCUUAUGCUGAGCAUGACAGGUUUGAAGCCGGUCGGCUGUUUGCGUCACUGGAGAGUGUUGGCCAUCUGCAGGAGGAUGAAGGAGAUUUGUGACGAAGAGGUCUCGCCUGAAGAAGUGUGGAAAUUUAUUCACUUCCUCUACGACGUGAACAAAGUCGAGGCGCAUAUCACGGAUAACUUGCCUUUCAAGCCACGUGAUGUUGUCGAUUUCUCGUUGCCUGAAACUUCCGAAUUUACUCAAUUGCUUUACGAAAAAGUGUCUUCGCUAAAGAAGGAAACAUCAAAAUCAAGCAAAUCAGAGACGGUUGAUGUGCAAGAACCAGAUAAAAACGGAGCUACUAGAAGUCGGUCGGGCUCUGUGAGAUCAAAGGAAGAUGCUUUUGUUGUGGAACAAGUAGUGGGAAGUUCUUCGGGUUCCAAAAGGUCACAUGAUUCCUUGUCAUCAAGUUCGUCUCGCAAUUCUGAUCGCACAGAGUCACCGAGGAUCAAGUUGCGCAAACGAUGAGUCCUUUCUUUUGGGUAUUCAGUUGGGCCAUGAAGGUCAAUGUCAUUAGAGAAUCUAUGAGAUCAAGACAAUGUCAGAAUAUCAGAACUAGAAGAGAGCGUUUGCAAAUGAGAUUGCAAUUGAAUCGCAAGUUAAGUGCUGAUAAAUUUAUUCAAAAUUACAGAGACUAAGUUUGGUUUUAAAUUGUAUCUUGUUGUUUGUUAUUGCUUAUUUGAUAAAAUCAGAAAAUCAAAAAUAUUCACAA